GUAGUAACGUGUCUCUUGGCUGUGAACAAAGCAUUUUCGACAAUACAAUUACGCUAAAGCGGUAGUGUACGUCGAAUACUAAUAUGACUAGACCCCGCCAUAAAAUAAAAAAAUAUUUGGAAUAAGCAAUAAAAACUCCAAUGAAUUUGAUAAUACAAUACUGAAUACACUAUUGUUAGUUACACUAUUGUUAACACCUUGCGGUCAUACUUGAUGUAUAUAUUAUAAUUUAUAACCUUUAUUGCCUUAGAUAAGACUUUAUUAAACAUAUUUUGUACGAGUGUAAGAAUAAUAUAUAUAUUACUCAUUCGUUGUACGAUAUAUGUAUGUAUAUUACAAAUAAUAUAAUUAGGCCCUGCAAGAGAAAAUUUCAUAUUGUACGUGGAACGUCUUAAUUGAUUAAAAAAAAAUUUACCAAUCACGAACUAUCAUUUAAAAGCAAUAAAGUAACGUGUACAUAACGUUGAUAGUCGUACAGAACUUAAUCGUUGCAUUAUCAGUACACAUCCAAGUGAUUUUUGUUUCUCCUUAUAAAUUUAAUCUGUCCAAAGAACAAAGUGAGUUUCAAGGUACGAAGUGAGUACAUUUUGCAAUACUAUUUGCACAUAAGAAUAUGUUUUGGUUAUUAUAAUGAUAAAGUAUGUAUAAAUAUGUGUCACAGUUUACUUAGCGUUGCCAUAGCGGUAGUGUUACUAUCAAUUUCAUUAUCCUACUAUUUUGCAAAAAUGAAUUCAAAUACAGAUCUAAUGGCUUCAAAUGCUUUAUUAUUUGUAUCAAACACUGCAAAAACUCUGAAACUAUGUUUGCAAUCGUCAAGAUUUGUAAAAAAUAUACUUUACAUCAAAUAUAUUGGGGUGGAUAAUAAUUUAUCAGUAAUCAACAAACAAAUUAUUGAUAUAUAUUCAAAGACUGCCACUCAAAAUGAAAACCUAGACAUAAGAUUGAUCCUAAAACCUUUGGAGGGUUUAAAAAAACUCCAAACAAAUCAUCCUAUUGAUAUGAUAUUGACUGAUAGCAGAAUAGAAAAUCAAAAUCUUAAAGAACUUGUGUUGAAUAUAAGACCUGAAUGCCAACUGGAAACUAUUGAGACUGAAAAUGAAAUUGAAAGUAUGAAAGGUGAGCCAGUGAAGACUUAUGAAUAUGUAGCUCUUGGUGGUACAUUUGAUCGUCUUCACAAUGGCCACAAGAUACUUCUAUCACAGGCUGCCUUGAGGGCAACAAAACAUGUAACAGUUGGUGUCACAGAUGUUAAUAUGAUUCAAUCAAAAAUAUUAUGGGAACUAAUACAACCGGUUGAAGUAAGAAUCAAAGCUGUAAAGGAUUUCCUCUCUGAUAUAAAUCCAGAUUUGGAAUACAAUGUCCUUGCUAUACAGGACUUGUAUGGACCAACAAAAGAUGAUCCUAGAUUUGAAAUGAUUGUACUUAGUGAAGAAACACACAGGGGUGGUGUUAAAAUUAAUGAAAAGAGAAAAGAGAAUGGCAUAAGAGAGCUAGACAUGCAUGUGAUUGAAUUGGCACAUGAUGACCAGCAUUCGUCAGAGGAAGACGCGAAAUUAAGUUCCAGCAAUCAAAGAAUGCGACUAUUGGGAACUAUGCUGAAAUCUCCAAAGCCAAAUUCAAAUAUCCCAGUUACUCCGUAUGUGAUUGGCUUGGCAGGAGGUAUUGCUAGUGGAAAAAGUAAUAUUACAGAAAAGCUCAAGUUAAAAGGUGCCGCCAUUGUAAACUGUGAUUUAAUAGCACAUGAGCUAUACAAGCCGGGGUUGCCAUUAAACAGAACACUUGCCAAAACAUUCGGUAAUCAUAUUAUAACAGCGACAGGCGAGAUAGAUAGGAAGAAGUUGGGGGAUAUUGUUUUUAGUGAUACGAAAGAACUAAACAAAUUGAACCAAACAGUAUGGCCGUUUAUUAUUGAGGAGGCUCAAAACAGAAUCAAAGUACUAGGAGAGCAGGGAUAUAAAGUAGUUGUUAUGGAAGCUGCGGUUAUGAUACAAGCGAAAUGGUUCCAGUACUGCCAUCAACUAUGGGCCGUUAUUGUACCACCGAAAGAGGCAAUUCGUAGACUUCAAGAUAGGAAUAAUUUGUCCGAAGAGGAGGCGAAGAAACGGGUUGAAGCACAACCAUCAAACUGUGAACAAGUGUCCGAAGCAAAUGUUGUGUUCAGUCCGUACUGGAGUUAUGAAUUCACGCAGCAACAGAUCGAUAAGGCGUGGGACGAAUUGCAGAAAUAUCUGUGAUUUUUUGAUAUUUUCAUACCCAUUUAAGGGGCGUAACCGCAUAGCGUUUUGACAAAUAAAUUAUAAGGGGAAAAACAUAUUGUCAAUAGCAGGUUAAAAAAAGUUUUGUUACGAUAGGCGGACUCACCCAAGUACCAUCUAAUAACGUCAAAUAAUUGGGAACAGGUGAUGUCGAUAUGUGUCAAGUUAGCUUAUGUUAAGCAUAGAUGGCGGAAUUUGCAUAAGAAAUUAUAGUUUUAUAAUAGGUAACUAAAAUAACAGACUUCAACGGAGAAAGCUUAAAAUCUUUUUAACUAAGUACGACUUUGCAGUCUCGUUAUUUCAUAACAAUAACUAUUAUUAGAUAAUUGCGCAAUCUAUGCUUAAUAUAAGCUAACUAGAAACAUUUCUACGUUGUUUCCAAUAUUUGUAAUAAACCAAGAUUAUUUCGAGUGAUAUUGAAUUUAGCCAAUUAUUCUUUAUUGAUAGUUACUGAGUAUGCGCACUGGUGUUCAGUCAUAAGUAAACAAAGAAUAUUUGUAGAUGUCUUAAAUAUUACGCCUCUGGCACUUAGGGGGCGUUCAAGUAUUACGUAACGACUUUUGGGGGGUCCUCUUGUAAAACGUUACGAUGCGGGGCUCGGAUUAAUUACGCUUUAUUGUUAAUAUAUAGGCAAUUUUUUUAUAGAAUUUCGAUACACAAUAUGACCUCAACCUUGGGAUGGCGCACAACAGAAACUUAUAAAGGUCGAAAUCACUAGAGUUACAGAAUUACACGUGUUGCGCCUUGUUUAAAAAAAAUAAACUCAGUGAUAGUGAACACAAGGGUUAUUGAACUAUUUCUACGAAGGCGGAUCGGCAAUUGUGGGCAUCAUCAAAUGAUUUUUUCUUGAGUUUCUUGUUUAUUAGAGGUUAUUGAUGAAUUUGUAGUUUAGGUUUUUGUAUGUUUUGCUCUUUAUUAAGGUCAGUUUAUAUUUACAGACAUUGAGGGUGCCACAGACAAAAUAUUAUAAUAUAUUCUUCUCUACAAUGCAUUACAUAUUUGUAUCGUGCUUCAGACGCCAACAUUCACUGAAAUAAUUAUUUGUCUGUGCGGUCAAACGGAAAGAUCGUGUUAUGUGUCAUGGUCGAAAACGAAGCGCCGCAUCGUUUUCCCUCCAUUUUAUAUUAUUUCCCGCCAUGUUUGACACGGUACUUGUCAGUCAUGCCGUGUUUGGAUGGCCAGACAAUACAUGUGAUACCAAAUAAUUAUGUGUAAGGGUAAAUGUUUAUUAUAUAAUUAGACUUAGAUUAUACGAAAUCAAUUGUUUUGUUUUAAUAAAAUAUAUUU